UGCAUUGUUAUCUCUUGAGCUGAGGAGUGGUAUCGUCUCAGACACUGUUCCCAGUCCACAUUGAGCACCAUGCGCAAACUUGACCACGAGACAGCGAGAUACCAGCGAGUGGCCAAGAUAAGACAGUUCACCGUCGUAUCUUUAGUUAGCUUGCUGGGGUUCUGCACGGGUACGACGCUGGGGUGGACAUCACCGAUGCAGCCAUUGCUGAUGUCUCGAGACUCACCCGUUGGGACAGAGCCCAUGACGGAGGACAAAGUCGCCUGGCUUGGUUCCAUCAACUUCCUCGGCACUGCCAUCGGGACGUUUUUCUGGGGCACCAUCGCCGACCGCUUGGGCAGGAAAAAUAUUGCUUGCAUAUCAACUGUUCCAUACAUCUUGAACUGGACUUUGAUUCUGGCUGCUCAGAAUUUUUGGAUAUUAAUGGCAGCGAGAUUUAUUGCAGGUAUUGCGAACAACGGAGCGUCGAUGGCGGCCUCUGCUUUCAUUUCAGAAGUCGCACAGGACGAUUUACGCGGAUUUUUUGGAUCCUUUUUUAUCAUAUUUGUAAAUUUUGGAAUAUUGUACUCCUACGUUAUCGGUACCUAUUUUAAAUAUUAUGCUCUGUCCAUUGCCUGCCUGAUGGUGCCAAUUAUUUUUCUGCUCACAUUUUUUUGGGUGCCGGAAACUCCAAUGUUCCUUUGGAAAAAUGGACAGACUGUUAAAGCCGAACAAUCUGUCUUUUGGUACAGAGGUGGUGAUGCAGCCGAAACAGAAAGGGUGUUGUUGAAAUACAAGUCUACGCCUAGUAAUAUAAAAAAGAAGUUGUCGUUCAUGUCAUUGUUUGCUACCAGAGGGACCACGAAGGGAUUCAUUCUUGGAAUGGCUCUGAUGAUUGCGUUACAAACCAGUGGAAUCUUGCCAGUUCUGAGCUUCGCCGUGAGUAUAUUUGAGAUUUGUGGGGCAUCCCUCACUCCGUAUCAGUCCGCACUCAUAAUAGGGCUUGUGCAAGUAAUAUUCACGUGCUUAUCAUCACUUUUGGUUGAUAAACUUGGAAGAAAGUUUUUGUUGAUAUCAUCUUUGUUGACAAUGUCACUAUCACUUUUGGUUUUAGGAGCCUACCUGUUCUUCUUAAGUACACAGCCGGUCGCGUCUCUGUUAAGAUGGAUACCCGUCAUAUCUUUAUCCUUGUUUGUCAGUGCAUAUUCAAUCGGAGUGGGGCCAAUUCCUUUUAUAGUCGUGGGGGAAAUAUUUCCCACUCAUUUAAAAGGUCUCGCGAUCUCGUAUCUACUAUUGGGAUUGGGCUUGACUGCCUUCAUAUUUGUAAAACUGUUUCCCAUCAUGAAGACGCUGUUACAGCCAUAUGGAUGUUUCUGGGCUUACAGCGUGUUUUGUUCAUUGUUUUCAAUGUUCUUUUACGCAUAUCUGCCGGAAACCAAAGGUAAGCCACAGAGUGAAAUUUUGAAUAUAUUGAAUAAUGGAAGUGUUAAUGAAAUAGGAGUUGAAAAUGAACAAGACAGACUAAAUAAAACUGAAAUUAAAUAGUUA